CAGCAGAACAGUUGAAUCUUCCAGCUGAGAAGGCUGAAGAUCUGUGAAUCCGUGGAAAGUCCCAGUGAAAUAUCGACAAUCUCAGUAUUUUGCACCCGCAAAACUCUUCACCAUGUCCUACUCGACGAGGAUAAUCACCCGGCAGGCGAAGCGCGCUGCCGCGGCCGCUCAUGCCAUGAAUCUGCAGCAGCGACUCUUCCACGCUUCCUGCGCGACUGCCUCCAAAGUCGCCCUCUCCAAGUUCGACAGCUCCGUGUAUCUUCCCUACGAGAAGCUGGCGUCGCGCAUUGAAGUGGUGAAGAAGCGCCUGAAUCGCCCGCUGACGCUGGCCGAGAAAGUCCUCUAUUCCCACUUGGACGAUCCUCAGAACCAGGACAUCCAGCGCGGAGUCUCGUACUUGCGUCUGAGACCCGAUCGCGUUGCCAUGCAGGACGCCACCGCCCAGAUGGCCAUGCUGCAGUUCAUCUCGUCCGGACUGAAGCGCGUGGCCGUGCCAUCGACCAUCCACUGUGAUCACUUAAUCGAGGCGCAAAUUGGUGGCGAGCAGGACUUGAAGCGCGCCAAGGAUAUCAAUGCCGAGGUGUACAAGUUCCUGUCGACGGCCGGAGCCAAGUAUGGCGUGGGCUUCUGGAAGCCCGGCUCCGGAAUCAUCCAUCAGAUCAUCCUGGAGAAUUACGCCUUUCCCGGACUGCUGAUGAUCGGCACGGACUCUCACACGCCCAAUGGCGGUGGCUUGGGUGGUCUCUGCAUUGGCGUCGGCGGAGCUGAUGCUGUUGACGUGAUGGCGGACAUUCCUUGGGAGCUGAAGUGCCCCAAUGUGAUCGGAGUGCAUCUCACGGGCAAGAUCAGUGGCUGGACCUCACCCAAGGACGUCAUUCUCAAAGUGGCGGACAUCCUGACCGUGAAGGGCGGCACUGGAGCCAUCAUUGAGUACCAUGGAAAGGGUGUUGACUCAAUUUCCUGCACGGGAAUGGCCACAAUCUGCAACAUGGGCGCCGAGAUUGGUGCCACCACGUCAAUUUUCCCCUUCAACAACCGCAUGGCUGACUACCUGAAGUCCACCGGUCGUGCUGGCAUCGCUACUGAGGCCACCAAGUUCCAGGGAAAACUCCUGUCACCCGACAAGGAUUGCAAGUACGAUGAUGUGAUCGAGAUUAACCUGGACAAACUCGAACCCCAUGUGAAUGGACCCUUCACGCCCGAUCUUGCCCAUCCUAUCAGCAAGCUGGGCGACAACUCCAAGAAGGGCGGCUAUCCUCUCGAUAUCAAAGUGGGUCUCAUUGGCUCAUGCACGAAUUCCUCAUACGAAGACAUGGGCAGAUGUGCUGCCAUCGCCAAGGAUGCUCUGUCGCACGGCAUCAAGUCAAAGAUUCCCUUCAACGUGACGCCUGGAUCUGAGCAGAUUCGCGCCACAAUUGAGCGUGACGGCAUCGCUGAGACCUUCAGACAGUUUGGAGGCACUGUGCUGGCCAAUGCUUGUGGACCGUGCAUUGGACAGUGGGACAGGAAGGAUGUGAAGAAGGGUGAGAAGAACACCAUCGUGACGUCCUACAAUCGUAAUUUCACGGGUCGAAAUGACGCCAAUCCUGCCACUCACUGUUUCGUUACCAGCCCCGAAAUGGUCACUGCGCUCUCAAUUGCCGGUCGAUUGGACUUCAAUCCGCUCACGGACUCACUGAAGGGUGGCGAUGGGAAGGAGUUCAAGCUGAAAGCGCCAUUUGGUGAUGAAUUGCCCAACAAGGGCUUCGAUCCGGGUCAGGACACAUACGAUGCUCCUCCGUCCGAUGGUGGAAGUGUGAAAGUGGACGUGGAUCCCAAGAGCAAUCGCCUCCAAUUGCUGGAGCCCUUCGAUGUGUGGGAUGGCAAGGAUCUGCAGGAGAUGACGGUGCUGAUCAAGGUGAAGGGAAAGUGCACCACUGAUCACAUCUCAGCCGCUGGUCCGUGGCUCAAGUAUCGCGGUCAUUUGGACAAUAUCUCUAACAACAUGUUCAUUGGCGCUGUGAACUCGGAGAACGGCGAGAUGAACAAGAUCAAGAACCAGAUGACAGGCGAAUGGGGCGGUGUGCCCGAUGUGGCGCGCCACUACAAGUCCAAGGGUGUCAGAUGGGUGGCUGUGGGUGAUGAGAACUACGGCGAGGGAUCGUCGCGCGAGCACGCCGCGUUGGAACCUCGUCACUUGGGCGGACGUGCAAUCAUUGUCAAGUCCUUUGCCAGAAUCCACGAGACGAACUUGAAGAAGCAGGGCCUGUUGCCACUCACCUUCGCCGAUCCUGCUGACUACGAUAAGAUUCAGCCAACAUCGAAAAUCUCUCUGCUCGGCCUUAAGGAUAUCGCACCGGGACAGCCAAUUGAUUGUGAAAUUAAGCAUACUGAUGGCAAGGUGGAUCGCAUAAAGCUCAAUCACACACUCAAUGAGCAACAAAUUGGAUGGUUUAAGGCUGGCAGUGCUCUGAAUCGCAUGAAGCAAUUGGCCAAACAGUAAUCUUCGCGCGUGUCUUCAGUGCGAGACAGUCUAAAAAAAAAACAUCAAAAGCAUAAAUUUCAAAUGUGAGUAAUUUAUCUUACCUUUUAAUUUCCUCUGUUGCCGUUCUUCGCAUUCUCAAUUGUCUCCCCCGUACGAAAUUUCCGAAUGCAAACAUUUAACUUAAUUGUAUAGAGUCAGAGAGUUGAUUGUAAGUAAUAUGGCAAAACACUUAUUUAUAUAAUGUCUCUAUUUAGUGACGAUAUGUGACGAUGAGAAAAAAAAAGUAAUCACUGUGAGCCUCACUUCAUUCUUAUGGUGGCUACAAAUGAUUGUUUACAUUGAGUAAUAUUCUCUGAAAGUAUAGAAGAAGAAGAAAUACCACCAAAAUUAUGUACUUGAUUUAGUGAUUUUUUUUUUGUGUUGUGUGAGGAGAAAGAAAAACAUUUUUUAGGAGACUAAAUACAGAGUUAUAGUGAGAGCAUAUAGAGCCAUCAGGAUUGGAGUUGAAGCGGAAAAAUAUCAUGGCAUGAGAUAAAUUGGACCCAAUCCUCUAAUAGCACGUUUCUACCAUCGCUGAGAAAUGUUACAAAGGCGCAGAGAAAAGUAAUGUUUAGGACGUUUUUUUUCUGUGGAAGGAAAUGAGAGUAUAAACCUCUAUAGCAGAGAACAUGUAAGAGAAAAAGUAUCUAUCAAGAGUUUAAAAGAAAAAUCUGUACACCUUAAUUUUCGACAAUAAAUGAUUGUAAAAGAA